GUUCCUGUUCGGUUUGGCGUCGUGUUUUGUUUUGGUGUUCGUGCGUCGUUCAAAUUUCGAUUUCCACGGGCGUUUAAUCGUGAUUUCGGUUAUAAUUCGGUUCGCGUUAUCCAAAAGUCGGUAAUCCUGAGAUAACCUUCUAAUCGAAUAAAGCUAGUGCAUCAUGUAAAUAAUAUUCAUUCCAGAAAAGCCGAAUGAUUUUAUAAUUGUCAACUCAACCUCUCAAGGAAUAGGCCUUAGGCCUGUCCUAGCCUGCAAUGUUCCCAGAGCCAGAUUCUAUUGGGAAGUAUUUCCACGAACUUUUCAAAGUAUUGCCUGAUCAACAAAAGAGAAAGUCGGAAUGGAAGAAAUCAAAAAAAGGAAAAAGCCCCAGGGGAAAAGACAAAAAGAAGACCAAGGUGGAGGCACUCGGAGAUGUAUCAAGCCCCCCCGAGGUGGAGUUGCCAGGAAAUGCAUCAAACUUUGCUGUGUUUGCGACCGUUAGAAUGGUCGUAUUGGAGAAUUGGAUGAAGGAGGCAUGUGAAAUCUACCUCCAGUCUAGUGGUAGUUCGCCAACCACAUGUGUGGCAACCGAGUCUGAUACAGAUGAGGAAGAGCAAGAUGGAGAAAAGGACCAGAGUACUCCGCCUCGCAUUCCGAAGAUUGUUGGAGUCGGACUGCGCAGUGUGUUUGAGCUAAUCAGAGAGAGUCGCUUCACAUAUCCGGAGCUAUGUACCAAGGCUCUCAGUGCGCUGCUGGACGUGGUUCAAGGUCAACAGCCCGAAGGUCUGAAAGCCGAGCCUGCUGAAGUCAUUGAGCCGUUGUUCAAACUAUUACUCGAGCUUGCCACCGGAGUUGGCAGUGAGGCGGCCGGGUCUCGCAAUGACGGAGCCAGUCUGACAGCCGUGGCGUGUGCUUGUCUGUUGAGUCUGGUGGUGGUACGAGGAGACACAGGGAAACUGCUGACUGCCACCUCAGCACUGCUCAUGGCCCCUCGUACACUGGCGGGACAGAACAUCACGUUGCCUAAUGCUGUGGCAGCUCUACAGAGAAGUGUUCACGGUGUUUUGUUGGGGAAAGUUAUCAGACCAGAUUGGAUCACUCAUGGAGUACCGAAAACUGCCAAACUGACAUCCUUCAAACUUAAACUGCCUGGAGAUGGCGGAGGCGUAUCAGCAGGUCGAGCCCUGGCUAGUGAUGGUCACUACCUCUACCUUCAUUGUCCCCGAGGAUUGUUUAAGAUCGGCUCAGGAUACUCAGGGACUAUCCGUGGACAUGUUUAUCUCUACAAACCCGACUUCUACUGUGACAAGCGUGGCUGGUUAGGCUUCGCUCAGGGUUCGCUCUACUAUCGCAGUCUGGACAAAGCCGAACUGGUGGUGAUUGACACAAACAACCUCAGCGUUCAGCAGAUCAUCCGGGUAGAGGUAGAGGGGGUUAUGUUUUCUGAUGGUGACCAGCUUGGAAUGGUGACGGCCACGAGAGAUGACAGUUUUGUGGUGCGGACACUGAACCUGUCCGGUGGUCCAGUGGGAGCCGGCGCAGAACUGCCACUGAAGCUGGCGCGCAAGUGUGUGGACGUGUUUGGCACUGCAGCGUUUGACGAGGACAGCAACAUACACACCCUCAACACGGGCUGCGAUGACGAGGUGUCCACCGUCACUGCGGGCAAGGACUUCUGUCUAAUACGGACAACAUCUGGCAAGGUGCUGUACACUGGCAAAGCGUCUGCGCUGGGUCUCAAGCAGGGUGCUGCCGGGGGAGGGGGGAAGUGGCAGGAGCUGGUUGUGGCGAAGGCUCCUAGGAUAUCCCAUGUGGCUGCAGGCCAUGACGGACUACAUGCUAUACUGUUGGCCGAGGACGGCAGCGUCUACUUCACCGGCACUGCACGUAGAGGGGAGGACAGCGAUUCCAACAAAGGAAGACGACAACUGAAGGCGGUUAAGCCCAAGAAACUCACCAAGAUGGAGUCAUCGUUUGUUGUGACGGCAGCUUGUAACAACGGGACGACAGCAUUGGUCACCAAAGAUGGGGAAGUUCACAUGUUCGGCAAAGACACCACUCACUGUGAUCCAGCUUCGGGUCUAGUUACUGAUUUGAAGGAUGUACAUGUCACUCAAGUAGCUUUGGGCAAGGCUCAUGCAGUCGUGCUUACCAACAAAGGACAAGUCUUCACAUUCGGGAUUAAUAACAAGGGCCAGUGUGGCCGAGAGUUUGCCCUGCAGGUCAAAGAAGCUCAAACGGUGGUCGCCAUGGAGAUGGCUGUAGAGGAGGAGGGGGGAGAGGAGGAGGAAGGCGAGUGGGAGGAUGCACAGGACGCAAUGUGUGCGCCUGGACAACACAAGUGGAAGCAUGAUUUGUGCAUGGUGUGCACCGUUUGUCGGGAGUGCACAGGCUAUAGCAUUAGCUGCCUCAGCUCCAUGCGACCGGACCGCAAUCCUGGACAGGAGUGUGGUUGUGGGGAAGGUGACUCAGGCUGCGCAGAGUGCGGAUGUUGUAGGAUCUGCGCCAAGGAGAAUGUCGACAACUCGGAGUUGGCCAUCCUGGGGCCGAGCGGCGCAGGAGACAUAGCGGGCAUGAUGCGGCUCGAUCUCAUCUUUGGAGGACGACAUGGAGCAAGACUACAAGAUCAUCUUCAACGGAGACUAGAGGAGCGUAAACAGAGACAAAGAGGAAAGUUGGGCUCAAAACAUAACGGACUGAAGCUGAAAGGAGCUAACAACCGAGCGGGGCCUAGCGCUCCGAUCAUGCCUGCUCCUGCCAAGCCGCCCAUACCAUUCAGGAGCACUGCACCUCCUGCUCUUGUUGUAGAAGAGGUUGCUGGAGGGAGUGAUGUAGAACGGGAGGCGAGUAGAGUUUCCUCUCUACCUCCUGGGAAAGUUCAUCUACCUAGCGACUCUCCUGUGGUGCAGAUAUCAUGUGGACUCCAUCAUACUGUGCUGCUUACACAGAAUGGAGAAGUGUUAACUUUCGGUAGCAACAGCUAUGGCCAACUAGGAGUAGGUGACAUGUUGACUAGAGGAGGACCUGUGGUAGUGAAACUGCCUGGUGUAGCUACAGGUAUAGCAGCUGGCAGCAACCAUACUGCUGUACUGCUGGCCAAUGGACAAGUCUACACGUUUGGCAGCUAUCAGAAGGGCCAGCUGGGUCGAGCCCCGCCUGAAGGAGUGUCAGCGCUAAGUGGGUCUGGUGGGGGUAGGAAGGGUGCAGGGUGGCACUGUACCCCCACUAGUGUGCCUGGGGUAGGCCCCCGUCACGGUCGUAGAGCUACCUGGGUCGGGGCCUCGGCUGAUCAGACAUUCCUGCGGAUAGACGAGAGCCUCAUUAACCCAUUCACACUCAAACAGAGCACCGUCAUGGCUAACAAAGCUUGCAUAUUGCUGCUGCCCACCCACUGUGAGUUGUCCAAGUCAUUCAAGUGUCUGGUGAUCAACAAGAGGGAUGGUAACUGUGCCAGCUUCCAAGGGGCCGACCAGGUGGACUUUACCAGCACAGCUGCUUGUCUCGACCCUCUCUACAACAUACUGUGGAGCUACAGCGAGACGGGAGACUCGCCUGAAGUAGUGUGUCACCACGUAGUGUGCUGUGAGACUCGGCUGGAGGUGGCAGCGUGUAUACUGUCUCCGCAACUGUCACUGCCAUGGACCCCAGGGUGUCUGGUGACUAGGACACAGGCUGCGCUUCAUCUGCUGGGAGUGCUGGACACACUGACAGCCGCGCAGGAACGCAGACUCACUCUGUGUCCACAGGGCGACACCGCAGACCCGCAGGACAAGGUGUUCAUUUGGGACGACUUCUCUACGGUCAACCGGUUUGAAAGCCAUGGUGGAGGCUGGGGCUACUCAGGACACUCAAUAGAAGCCAUCCGCUUCAUGGCUGACACAGACAUCCUGCUGGCUGGCUUUGGCCUGUUUGGAGGCCGUGGUGAAUACACAGGCAAGAUCAAGCUCUACGACAUCGGCAUGGAGGGAGGCGAGCAAGAGAAUGACGGAGACAUGGUGGCCGAGACAGAAGAGGUGCCUUACGAGUGUGGUCCCAGGAUGAAGUACCCGAUGCUCUUUGACGAUCCUAUUCCCCUACAGGCCAACCGUUGGUACGUAGCGUGGGCUCGAGUCAGUGGACCAUCCAGUGACUGUGGCUCUAGUGGCCAAGGGAUGGUUUGCACAGAAGACCAGGUGGUGUUCUACUUCAAGUCGUCCAAGAAGUCCAACAACGGUACAGAUGUCAACGCAGGUCAGAUCCCCCAGCUGUUGUACCGUGUGGUCACUCCUGAGAAUCAAACUGCUGCAAGACAGACAGACUGUGCUGAGCCUGUGUACAUACUCAGCAAGGAGUUCUCCAGAGCUGUGUCUACUGAUUGUUUCCGCUCGCUGCUGAGUCUGCUGCAGUGGUCCUGGGCAACAUUCAAGUCCGCCCUGGUGCAGACGACAGUCACUGUAGUCCCCGGCACUGGCAGUUCCACCACUAGUCACCUGGUUGCUCUGCUGGACCUGGAGAGACUGGUUUAUAUCUGCAGAGCCAGUCUGCGGCUGAUCAAGACUUACAUCAAUGAGAUAUACCCCAAUAGAGUGUCACACAAGAAGGUCGCCCAGGAGUCAGUAAGGCUUGCCGAGUGUGUUGGUGAUGUUAGAGCGCUGCUACGUACCAUCCUGUCAGACUCUCUGCCCUCCCUACGCAAGAAAACUCAGGGGAGUCAGCACAGCAAGAUGUGUUUGGAGAUCUUAGAAGAGUGUCACCAGACGUUUGUGGCCUGUUUUCAUGCUUUCUAUCCCACGGCUUUUCUCAAGUGGACAGCACUAUGUGAUCUCUUAGCUUCCAUGGAAAUGAACGCAGACAUAGACCGGCUGGUGAGUGCCGUUGUGGCAGCACUGUGCAGUCCUACCGUAAGACUCCGCUCUACAUUUCCCAUCCCCACCUCACCUGACGGGGACUCCCAGCAUCCUCUGCGGCGACAGCUGUCCCCCUCAGACAACUCGGGACUACCCAUGAUGCCUGGAGUGGACACCCACCACUACCCCAUCUUGGUGGAACAGAUGAGCAUACGCAACCAGGUGGACGCAGGAUCCGUGUGGCAGUUCAAGGACGUGUUGGAUCGUCUGCUAGACAUUGUCACACAGAGUAUACAGCAGGCGCUGUGUCUAGAGAGAGUUUCUCACUCCACACAGCUGGUAACCAACUGCUGCCAUCUACUGGCCAAGGUGGUAGCUGAACUGGCAGCUCAGGCCAGAGGCAUUGAUGAGGACCUGGAAGGGGUUUGUGGUCGAGUUCUUCACGCGACACCCAACAGAUUCACACGGACCAACCAGAGCCGAACUUGGAACACGGGGAAUGGGUCACCAGACGCCAUCUGCUUCAGUGUGGACCGUGGCGGAGUGGUGGUGGCGGGGGUUGGUGUCUAUGGUGGCACUGGCACCUACGACUACGAGCUGGAGAUACUGGACGAUGUGAGCAACUCUAACAGUGAUGCUUCCCAUGGUCAACGCUGGAACAGUCUGCAGCUAACGAGGGGAUCUUUUGGACCUGACGAUUGCGGCACUGACGACAUUGUGGAGCUAAUGUUCGACUACCCUGUCUACAUCAAGGAGAACGUGAAGUACGCCAUCAGAUUGCGUAAUCACGGUGGCCGCACUAGCAACGGUGACGGAGGUGUCAGCUCAGUCAAGGGCCCAGAUGGAGUGAUGUUCACCUACUCUACUUGCUCUUUGAACUUCAACGGAACGACACCUACACGUGGACAGAUACCGUACAUCCUCUACUUCAGUAACCCACAAGACUCAGAGGCAGUUGCACGAGGUCGAGGCGUUGUGGAACGUGAGGCUCGACGCGCGACACUCUCUCUCUGCGGGGCUGUGGUGUCACGCAGCGCAGAGUUGCUAAGUCUCGCGCGCGCCAGAGUCACUGAGGAGCCUCCUACUUGUACUGACGUGUUGGGAUCUGCCUGUCUGGUCACCACACUGCUGCCUCUCACACUGGCUCAUGUCAGUCCUUUGGCCACCUCGGACCCCAGGAGUGGAGUGCAAGUGCUGGGACUGAUUCAAGAGUUGUUACCUCAUGUGUCUGCCUUGAACCUGCUCAGUUGUGAGAUGGGCAAGUCUGUCACCUCCGUGGACACUAUCAGCUGUCCCGACACCCAGAACACCACCAGUCACCAUUAUGUCUGGGUGCAGAGUGAUCACCCGUACAAGCCUGCCACUGUCUACAACUACAGAGUUGUUUUCCCCGAGAGUGUCAAAUGGGUUUGUGUGGAGUUUGCCUCGGAGUGUUGUACAGCUCAGGCGGAGGACUCACUACAACUGUAUAUUCCCGCUUGUCCUGCCCCAACACCCCCGCCUGAGGACUCCCCCCGCUACUACCCUGUAUUGCACCGCCUCAGCAACGUACCUGCCCAGUGGCCUCAGUCUGCUGUGGUGUUACCUGGCAAUGAGGUGAUAUUUUCCCUUGAAACCGCAUCUGACUAUGUAAAGGACGAGAAAGCUUCGUUCUACGGGUUCAAGUGUUUGGUGAUUGGCUACGAAUGGUCGCAAGGGUCCACAGAGGGACUGAGACACCUAGAGACAGAAUUGGCCUUCCUCGGUGGCAUGUGUGCUGCGUCUCUCAUGAAACGUGACCUCGUCCUGCCUGUGUCCUCAGUGGAGGAGUUGGAAGAAGACAUAGAAGCUGUGGAGGACAUCGCUCAACUGAUCUACACCAAACACUCGAGUCUGCUGGGCAAAGGAUUUGCGCUCUCCAGUGCUCCUACCAUCAACCAGGCGCUCGAAGGAGUUCUCCCAUUCAGCUGCCACUGCAAUGAGCGGCUGUUCCUGCGGGACCUUGUACUCUGCACCCCUGGCACCUCCGGAGGACGACUGGCUCGCUGGCUACAGCCGGAGUCCCACGUGGACCCGAGCCACAGCCAGCUGGUGUUCCCCAGGGAUGAUCUCCGGUGUGGUUGGCCGGCAACUCUCACACUCACCACCAGGGACCAGUACGGGGAGGUGGUGCACGCGCCUAACCUCAAGAUUGAAGUAAAAGCGGUUCCAAUAGACAAAAAGGAGGCAGGAGAUGGACGCAAGAUGCGACGUGUUAGUCAGCCAGAUGAGUUGACGUUUGGUGGACAUGCUCAACCAUGUCUAGACACGCCUUAUGAGGCCACUGUGCGAGAUCAGAUGUGCUACAACGCAAUCACUAUGAUGAAAGUUUACGAGAACUACUCGUUUGAGGAGCUCCGUUACACUUCUCCAGCCGUCAAGCGCUCUAGCGAGAACAUGUUGGUGCGGCCCAAUGGAGACGGAACCUACAGCGCUACCUGGACACCAGGGUCUGUUGGCUGGUACUGUGUCAACGCUACUAUCGACAGCUACAAUAUGGAAGAGACGCAGAAGGUGGAAGUGAAGGAUCCUCCGCAGGGCAUCACUCCCCCUACACAGAGCCACACGCCGCGCAAGGCAACACAUCAGCCAAGCAGAUUGCGCAAGUUUGUGGCGCGCAACAGUGCAGGCCUGCGUGUGCGUGCUCACCCUUCCCUGCAAAGCGAGCAGAUAGGAGUGGUGCAUGUCAAUGGCACUAUUGCUUUCAUUGAUGAGAUACACAAUGACGAUGGUGUCUGGCUGCGUCUCACGCAGGACACUAUCAAGCAGUAUUGUCAGAGUGGUCACCCGGAGGCUUGGUGUCUGCAGUAUAAUCAGCACCUUGGCAAGACUCUACUAUUGCCUCUGCAGGAACCCAAGAGUGUGCUGAGUCAAGUCAGCAGCAGGACUCCUCAGCAAGAGGCGCCGAGGAAAGUGCCGGUGGCUACUAGUUAUAGAGUGGUCAAAUGUGGGGCCUCGGGUCACAAUGUGCGUAGUAGUCCUAGCCUCACUGCUCCUCCCAUUGGCAUGCUUCACUUUGGAAACCACAUCACUGUCAUCAACCAGAUGAGCAACAAGGAAGGACUAUGGGUCCAGUUGGACAAGGAGACUAUCAGCAAUUGCUGCUUCAACCUGGAGGAAGAAGCUUGGUCUUUGGCUACUGACAAGAACCAGUUUGUAUACCUUCGACCCGACGGACAAGACAAGGAACCUGAGGCAGGUCCAAGUGGUCGGGGAGCUGUGGAUGUAUUCAGUCCCUCACUGCCUCGGUCUACACAGCGAGGCUUUGACUUCGCCGGCCCUGAGAGCCCCGCUGUGCUGUUCCCCGCUUUCUCCACUCCCCCCGCUGUUCCUACAACCACAAACCCCUUCGUGUUUGGUUCCUCCUUACCAGCAUCAGCCCAAAAAGAUGAUGUUAAACCUCCAUCUAAAGAUCCAUUCAAGUUAUCAUCGAGCUUGAAGUGGUUCAAGUCUGGCGAUGAGCCAAAACCUCCAAUACCAAAAGUUUCUUCAGCAAGCAAAGACAUGCCACCAGAGCUAGUUGGUGUCUCUGUCAAAGAGCUAGUCAAGGCUAUUGGAGAAAGCCGAGCCAACGGCAACGGUUCCACGCCUCCUGACACACCACGUCGCUUGUCUCGUAGUUCAUCUCCGCUGGUAUCGCGUCACUCCGACAGUCGUAGUUCUAGUCCAGUACCCAUACCUGCUUUACCCGGCAAGCAUAGGACCCAAGGAGGACGUCCCCUAGGUGGGGUGUUCCUAGACAGCUGCAGCAGUAGUCCUCAAGCACCUGGAUCUCCCAGGAGUAUUGGAAUUUCACCUCUAGUGUCAGGUGGGAUGCACGACAGCACGUCUCACAGACGAGGAUCGACUCAGAGUGACACGAGUGCGCUGGUGAGCAGCCUCACCCGAGACCUCACUCCCAGUCCGAGCGGCAGCGCGACAUCGCUACACAGCGGCAAGAGUGUCAACAUGGCCGACGUGCAGCGAAAAACUCAGGAAAGUGACUCGAGCUCCAAAUCGAUGGCUGUAGCAGGCACACAGACUUCCCCAGAAGCAGUGAAAGGUCACUUCGUCAUCGGCGCAGGUGGUUCGCGUGACGAAGCGAGGCUGUCGCCCAAACCCGGCCGCAAGGAGCGACAAGGACGUAGUGCCAAGAGGGCGAUGUCCCCCUCCCCAGCACCUCCCCCUACUGCACGGCCCUCACAGCGAGAGACCAGAGAGCCAGUAAAAGAGGCCAUGAGCCCAUCUGUGGCAGAAAGUCUACGUGCAACGUUUGCUGCGUUCCUGUGGCACGAAGGCAUCGUGCACGACGCAAUGGCUUGUGCUUCAUUCCUCAAGUUUCAUCCGACACUGCCCAAGCAAGGAGCUAUGGUGGUCACCCGCCAUUCUGACAGAAACAAGCCGACAGUUCAGCGUCAUUCUGUAGAGGUGAGCACAGCUGGCAGCUACCUCCACAUCAAACCCUCCACCCUUGAGACAUUGGCUAGGUCAGCAGCCAAUGCCAAUGCUAACAGACACCGCAGCAAGAAGAGUUCUGCAUCCCCUCGCAUCAUACAGGAGGAGGUGCCUCAGGCUUCCAUAAUAGAAGAGGCUAUCAAGAAGGAGCCAAAAGAGGCCGAGCUCCAAACUGUCACAGUGUUACCACCUGCACUGCGUUGUUUGGUAUUUCUGUGGGAAGAACUCACCACCAGCUGCUUACAGGCGUUUGCCUCAAAUGCUUGCCUGCCGAGCCCAUCCCAGCCAAUGAGCACGUCGAUGUUGAAGAGUGUCACAGGGGGAGGAGAGACGAAACUGAAAUCUCGCAAGAAGAAGGAAUGGAAACCUGCUGGGUCUGCAGACAUUGCUGGUUCAUCAGAUAGAGGCAGCACCAUACACAAAGCUCCGUGUGAACUGUGUGGAGGCAUCUACCCCCAGCCCAUCACUUAUCACAUGAGACAGGCCCACCCUGGCUGCGGAGCGCACGCAGGAGGUAAGGGCUACAACUCUCGAGGUAACUUCUGCGUAGGCUGGGCAGGUAACUGCGGUGACGGAGGGGUGGGGGGAAGCUCCUGGUACCUUGUGUGUGAGGCGUGUCGAGACAAGUACCUGCAGGCUAAGAAACAGCAGACAGCCAAGAAGACCACCCGGAAGAAGACAACCAUCAUCGCACCAGCUGUGGCCAAAGUCAGCUCGCCUGCCUCAGAAAUACCUGCUCUAUCAUCCAGCCAGUGCAGUUUGGAGACACAUAUUGUGAUGAAGAACAAUGCGAUGUUUCUGUUGGAACUGAGCUCUGGAACGUCUUCGCAGACUCUAAAUCCGAGUCCUCCAGACUCCGGAAGCCCCUUCCCCCAUCCUGGACCCCUGCUGUGUCUGCACGCUCUGGGAGCUCACCCCGGGACUCUGGACGACCAUGGACACUUCCCUCAGGAGGUGAUUGUGGGGAGAGGCGGCCGGAGAGAUGUCGACCCCACGGCCACUUACUCUCUGGUGUCAGACACGGUGACCAGCGACAGUGACAGUGACAGCAGCAAGGGUCGGCUGUUCCAUCGCUCCGUCUCCAUGGGAACCAAUGGAGCUCCAUGGAGCCACAAGGAAGGCGAUAAUCGAGUUAUCAUGAUGCGUAAACGCAACAACAGCACCUGUGACGUUGGUAACGAGCCUGUGUCCUCGCUACUGUGCCACCCGUCGGCCGCCCUACAGAAGCUGGUCCCGUCACUGUCCCAAUCUGCGAUCGUGGGUCAGGCCGGAGACAGGCUGGGUCAGAGCUUGGACAUCAUGGGACGUCCUGUGCUGCAGUUCCUGCUUCAGCAACACAACCUGCAUUGCCUCCAGGCAGCCAUGAAGAGAGCUCUGCAUAAAGCCACUUGUCGGGUGUACGCCAUGCAGGCUCUCAACUGGCUGCUGAGGAGUGUAACGCAGACGACCUGUAUCCACGACCUGUUGUGGUGGUUUGUGGCAGCUCUGACCCCAGCACCUCCUGAGGCUGAACCUCCAUUGGCAGCCAAGGAUGAGGCUGCAGAACCAAAAACUGACAAGAAGGAGGAUCAGGACGUGGCUGCAGUCUGUGAACAUCCUCUCAGUGACCUGAGCUUGGCUGGGGAGAGUGUCCAGCCUUUAGCUUCUACAUUCCACACUCUGCUACAAACUAUAGCUGACCUGAUGCUGCUGCUACCGAUGGGCUCAGCACUACAACAAAUGGCCGUCAGGUGUUGGGGGAUACGAUUCACUCAGUCUGACCACAUGUUUCUUCACAGGAGCCACGUGUUCAGCAACAUCAGUAAGAUCCUGUCCAGGUCUGAGGAAGAACAAGAUGACACCAGUCUAAGUCUGCAGGAGAGUCACCUGUCUACCUACUCACAGGUCCACAGUUUUGUAGAGACGUUGAAGGAUUUGACAGCAGGAGUGGAGAUUAAGGCGUCCUCACGUCAAGCCAUGGUUGGUAGCCUCACGGACAACUCAACCGAAACUUUCUGGGAGUCUGGAGACGAAGAUCGCAACAAGACCAAAACACUUACAAUCACAUGUCCAGCACACUCCAGCAUGCACAUGGUCUCCAUCCACAUCGAUAACUGUCGAGACCUGGCUAACAAAGUGUCCAGUGUGACGUACCAGUCCGGCCCCAACAGUGAGGAGUUGUACAAGAUUAGAACAAUCGAGGUGGAGAGUCGAGCUACAGGAUGGUUUAGCUGUCCAGUUGUUGAUCGAGAACACAGUGUGGUGAGACUGGAACUGAAAGGUCCGGACAAUUCUCUGCGGCUCCGUCAGAUCAGAGUGUUGGGCGAGGCGGAGGGAGAACCACUGAGACAGGGUCGCCAACACAGUGCUGCCACCAUACAACAGCGAAACACCGAGGCAGAGACACUCAAAGUGUUCAGACUCAUCACAUCACAGGUGUUUGGAAAGUUAAUAACUGGAGAACAAGAAGAACCAACAAUUGAGGAGACCAAUGACCUCAAAGAACACAUGGUUGGCAUUUUGUUUAGCCGCAGCAAGCUUACCCAUCUUCAGAAACAGGUAUGCACACACAUAGUGCAGGCCAUCCGGAAAGAGACAAUAGCUCUGCGGGAAGAGUGGGAGACGAGGCUGUGUUCCGGAGUAGCAGCCAGCGACACUCCGGACACUUACUGCUUUGAGAUGCUCUCCAUGGUGCUGGCCCUGAGUGGGUCUAGUGUGGGUCGUAGCUACUUGGCACAUCAGCACAGCCUGCUGACUGAUCUGCUGAGCUUACUACACACAGGGUCGGCACGAGUACAGCGCCAGGUGACGCUACUACUGCGCCGUAUGCUGCCAGAAGUUGCACCACAGACAUUGGCUCAUCUGACUUGUGUGCCUCGCCUACCUCCCUCGGACUUCAGCGCUGUGACUACCAGCAAGAGUGACGACGACGAGUUUGACCCCCAUAGGAUUGGUAUCCUGGAUGUGUUCCUGAGCGUUGUGGCGAAGGCGUUGACAGUGCAGGUGAAAGUGAAGGCUCGUGAAGGCAAGGGUGUAACGUCUGUCACCCUAGCAACGGCCAUCCACCCGCGCGACCCCAUGGGUAAACGAUGGUGGCUUCGGGGCUGCAUCACCCGGAAACUGGCCGAGGACAUCAUACAGCUCAUCAAGGACAUGUCUUCGGGUAAGCUGUCUGAGGUAUGGGCACGUGUGACUAAGGGCGCCAUUGCUGAAAACAUCAUGAACCUGACUAAGUUGUCGGAGGUACAGCGGUCACCUGGUGAGUGUGUACGAUGUCCCACGCUUUGGCUCUCGCUCGCCUCAUUGUGUGUGCUGGACAACGAUCACGUUGAGCGUCUGUCGUCUGCACAGUGGCGUAACAGUGCUGAUGGUAACCCGCCGCCUCCCAGGCCAACAUGCAGCAACCAUGAUGAUGGAGAGACACUAGCUAUCAUUCAGUGCAACAUUUGCGGAAGUCUGUGCGCCGACUGUGACCGGUUCCUACAUUUGCACCGGCGCAUGCGCAUGCACCACCGUCAGGUCUGCAAAGAAGAAGAGGAAGCAGUAAGGGUGGACCUACACGAAGGUUGUGGCCGUACCAAACUGUUCUGGGCUCUGCUGCUGGCCGACUCCUGUACUCUAAAGGCGAUGGUGGAGUUCCGAGAGGGGGCCCGAGUGAGCGGGCGGGGGCCAGGGGUGGUGUCUGGGGUGUGUCGUUUCUGUGGGGCCACUGGGUCGUCGGGGCUGCUAGCCAUCGGCAACAUCUGUGCUGACCAGGAGUGUCAGGAGCAUGCUCACAAUGUGUGUACUAAGAUGUUAGUGUGUGGGCACUUGUGUGGAGGAAUCGCUGGGGAACCUGAGUGUCUGCCUUGUCUACAUGGUUGUUCAGGAGACUCGACUCUCAAGCAGGACGCUGAUGACAUGUGCAUGAUAUGCUUCACUGAAGCCAUCUCAUGCGCUCCUGCUAUACAGCUCAAGUGCGGCCAUGUCUUCCAUCUUCACUGCUGUCGUAGCGUGUUAACUCGCCGAUGGGCCGGACCUCGCAUCACCUUUGGCUUCUCUCAAUGUCCCAUUUGCAAGGCUCCAAUCGAACAUCCAGUUUUGGCUGAGUUGCUGUCUCCUAUACAGUCUUUGUAUGAGGACGUGAGACGCAAGGCACUCAUGAGACUAGAAUACGAGGGACUAGACAAGGGACGUCCAGAUCCUGCCUCCUACGCCAUGGAGCGAUACGCUUACUACGUCUGCUUCAAAUGCACUAAGGCAUACUACGGAGGAGAGGCUCGUUGUGACGCAGAACUCGGAAGCGGAGAAUUCGACCCGGCAGAGCUGGUGUGUGGGGCGUGUUCGGACGUGUCGCGUGCCCAAAUGUGUCCCAAACACGGCACUGACUUCCUAGAGUACAAGUGCCGCUACUGCUGCUCCGUCGCUGUCUUCUUCUGCUUUGGAACCACUCACUUCUGUAACGCUUGUCACGACGAUUUCCAGCGUGUCACAAACAUUUCCAAACAUGAAUUGCCAUCUUGCCCAGCUGGCCCCAAAGCCAAGCAGUUGGAGGGAGACGAGUGUCCACUUCAUGUCAAACAUCCUCCAACAGGGGAAGAGUUUGCGCUUGGUUGCGGCGUCUGCCGUAACGCCCACACGUUCUAACACGCCUGAACACGUCUUCACCUCACCAGCUGUGCUAAUAUUACUACCACUAGUCAAAUUGCAACUUGAAGCUCUCUUUCCAUUCUAGGAAACAAUGUUUUUAUUUCUGAAUUAAAAUUAGGAUAAAGCUUUUCUUAAAAUAAUUAUUCCAAUGUCUAUGUAUGGUAUAAGUAAUUGAUUUGACUUUUUGGCUUUCAUUUGAUGUCGUGAACAAAGAAAUGUUAUCGAAAAAUGUUAUCAAAUAAAGUAAC